UCUUACCUAUACGUUAUCCUGGAACGUGAGCGUUUUACAAUCUGGACAGAAUAUCUGGACCAAGAUGGACGUAUACUGGUGAUACAGGUUGGGGUGAAUACAACUGUGAAGAAUAUAUCUGUACAAUUUGUUUGUGUUCCGGUUUAUGGCAGAAGGAGGUGUACAUGAAAGCAAUCAUUAUGACAACUUUUCACAAGAGAACUUUCAGGAACAGAGUGACGAGGUCCUUGCGCUGCAGUCCAUAUACGAUGGGUCUGAUAUAAACAGGAUAGAGGUCCUCAGUUCACCCACAGACGGAGAUGGGGAAUUCUUCGUACUUCAUAUCUCUGUUCCUGUGCAAACAGACGGACAGCUGGUGACAGUAAACUUUGUUGUCACAGACGAUGGCGUGAAGCAAAACGCAGCAGCAGGGGAAGUAACUCCCCCAUGUGUUGGAAAGGAUGUUCAGCUCGAGACGACCGGAGAUGGUGCCUGGACUGCGUCCUUCAACGUGAAGUACUUACCUCCCCUGAGUUUGCAAGUUGUACUUCCUGCUACUUACCCUUCCCAGAGUUCCCCAGUGUUCACUCUGUCAUGCGUGUGGUUGACAGCCAAUCAGCUUGCAGCUCUGUGUGGUCAGCUGGAUGAGUUGUGGCGGGAGUCUGAGAACCUCCCUGUCAUCUUCACCUGGGUUGACUGGCUGGAAAAUAACAUCUUCAGUUUUCUGGAGCUUGGCAGUAAUUUAGAUGUACCCUUAGGCGAAGUCAACAAUGAUGAAAGUCGCAUUGAGAUCAACACAGACUUUCAUCAGGCCAUAAACACAAUGAUACAGUACAACCGAACUCUGGACAACGCCGAGUUCCGCCGAAGUAAUCACGAAUGCCUCGUGUGUUUUGAAGAAUUUCCUGGUAGCCAGUUUUACAGGCUGGGAGACUGUUUACAUCACACUUGCCGACGGUGCAUGGAGGCUUAUUGUCACCAUCACGUGUCUUUAGGCACUGUAGAGGAGCUCAGAUGUCCUGCCACCAACUGCAACGUCAGUGUUCCCCCAGACAUUGUUCAGAACGUUUUACCUGCAGAGGAGUUCGACAGGUGGGAACGAUUGCUUCUACAGAGAGCUUUAGAGAGUAUGACUGAUGUAGACUGGUGCCCUCGCUGCAACAACCCUGUGAUUCGGGAAGAGGAGGACCACUUGAAUCUAGGACACUGCACGACCUGUUUCUUUUCCUUCUGUACUCUGUGCAGGGACCCCUGGCAUCAGGGAGACGUCUGCAUGACGAUUGAACAGAAACUACAGACUGUGAACCGGAAGGAACUAUUGUCGUCUGCUGGUGAGAGGCGUCAUUUUGAGGAGAAACGACGGAAGCUUGAGGAAGAAAUCAGAACCAAGACGAGGCUGCAUCGAAAGACCAGGCUUUGUCCGAAAUGCAGCGCAAAGAUAGAAAAGGCAGGAGGAUGCAACAAAAUGAAGUGUAGGUGUGGUAUCAGCUUCUGCUGGCUGUGCGGCCUCGUGAUCAACAGCUAUCGCCACUACAUGGUGGGCAACUCGCGCUGUAGUCUCAUGGACAUGACGGAGUUAACUCCCCUCGUGGGAACCAUCACACCUCAGAACGUGGAGUACGUACAGGCUCUGGUUGGUGCAAAGAUUAGGGAAACAAUUUCAUGCCCAAACUGUCGUUACAAGAACGUCAAAGUUGAUCGCAACAACCACAUACGAUGUCGUUGUUGCAGCACAAACUUCUGUUAUGUGUGCGGAAUGAGGAUUACGGGGGUCGUUACUGCCCAUUUCUCUAAAGCCAGCUGCCCCCAACACUCCUAGCUGAGUGAGUGAGUGAUUUGGGUAUAACGACUGUUUGUUCAGUUACAACGUUACGGCGUGUCAGGGGACACUAUGACGCACAGCUCAAUUAAAAAAUCAACAUAUGAGACAAUAAAGAUUUUGAUUAUGAA